UAGCAUUCCUUAUAUAACCUUAAAUGUCAUUGAAAUAAAUAAUCAGUGUUGUUUAUUAUUUAUCAAUUAAAUGUUAAUAAUGUAUAUAUAUUCGACUGCUCAAGCUUAAACUAAUUAAUUGCAUAAAAGAAUCUCGUAGUGUCUCGUAAAAAAGUGGUUUUAACAAGAUGGUUCGUGCUUGGUACAUGGACAAUGAUACGUCUAGUGAUCAACGUUUAGAACAUCACAAAUCACCACCGGAAUUCGUAAAUAUCGACGAUCUUUUCAAAAUAUCCGGCGUCGAAUAUUUCAAAUUAAACAUAGAUACUCUAAAUACCGACGGCGUUUUGGAUCAAAUAAAAAAACAAAGAGGUUAUAACUACGAGGACGAAAUAAUAUGUUCCGAGAAAUGUUUGGAGAACUACGAGGAGAAGUUGAAAAUAUUCUACUCGGAACAUCUGCAUACCGAUGAAGAAAUACGUUUGGUAGUCGAGGGAUCGGGAUAUUUCGACGUUAGAGAUAAAAACGAUAAUUGGAUUAGAAUCGAAGUUAUUCCGGGUGAUUUAUUGAUAUUACCGAAAGGGAUAUACCAUCGAUUCACGUUGGACGCUAAAAAUUUUAUAAGAGCUAGAAGAUUCUUUGUCGGCGAACCUAUUUGGACCCCUUAUAACAGACCUUGUGACGAUAUGGAGUGCCGAAAAAUGUACGUCGAUAAUUUGAAAAAGGGACAGUUCGUAACGGUUUAAAAACGGAAAUUCCAUCAUAUAUUUUUAUAAGAAAAUUUAUAAACUAUAUAUAUAAAUAAAUGGCGUAAUAUUGUUUAUUUCGUUUUAUUAAUUGUUUUAUAUGAAAUUUUACGAUUCCGGAAAGUUAUUUAAUGUGAACUGUUUAUUGAGAAAUUUGAAUUAAAAUUGCUGAUGUAAGUU